AGUAGAGGCAAGUGACUCUGUCAGCAGGAAGAUGUUCACCCUUCUUAAGAGACCCACACUCACCUGGUUCAGGUUGAUGAAGACCAUUCAGCAAAACCACAGGUCAAUCAUCUACAUCAAGCCGCCAAAGGAAAAGAUUGGGCCAGUGCAAUCUUUCUUUGCCCUGUGUGUGUUUGCUAUGACUCUCCUGGCCCCGGCUGGGUGGAUCUUGCAUCACAUCCCAGACUACCAUCAGAGAUCACCUGACAACCUGACUUCUGCGAGAACUCAGGAAGACACCCAUGCAUAUUAAUUAUGUGUUUAUUUUUUCCUGAGGUGUGAAAUGUAAAAAAAAAAAGAAUUUCUGAAACUAUUUCCCUAUAUAAAGACUUUGAUAUAAUA